AUGAAAGAGGACGAGACAGCUCCGUUUUUCCCCGUGGCCCACGGCACUGGUGGUCUGCUGGGUCCGGCGCCCCGCAUUUCCGAGGCUCUGGGGCGAUCCGGAUUAAAACUGAUCCAGAUCCCUGCCCUGCCCAGAGGCAACAGGCACGGCCCCCGCCGUCGUGCCUCAUAA